AUGAAGGACCAAAGCGUCAUGCUGGCAGAACAGAGAGUGAUGUACCCUAAAGAAAUACCUGAUCCAGUCAAUCAGGAUGGAGCUAUAUCCUUCACAGAAGCUGUGUCCAUAUUAAUGUCCAGCAGCAUGCUAGCCCGCUCUUUUCUUAUCCAUCCCAGAGUUCUGAAACACCAAGAAAGCUCUGAGACUGACAGCCAUGUCGUACUGUGUCGCAAACGUGAGUCUAUGCUUCUCGAUAAAAAAGACAAAGUUUAUUGGGAGAAGCGCAAGAAGAACAACGAAGCUGCCAGGCGUUCACGUGAGAAACGCCGCAUCAAGGACAAGGCGGUAGAAAACAAAGUUUUGGCUCUUCUUGAAGACAAUGCACGUCUGAAAGCUGAGCUACUGGCACUUAAGUUCAAAUUCGGUUUGAUCAAAGAUCCCACAGAUUCACCAGCACAGACCUGCUCCUUUGGUUCACAUAACCAAACAUUUCCAGCAAUACGCUACAACUGCCCCAAAACAAACUCACAACCUAAUUUUGGUCAUCUGUUGUCGAUCUCAGAUCAUGGUGGUCCAGAUGGGGCGCAAAACUAUGGGUUCUUCAUGCCUGGAGGGUCAAGCAUUGGGAGCCCAGAGCUUUCAGAUGAUGCUGUAGGUGAACAUAUACGACAAUCCUCUUACAGAGCUGGUGAACAGCCAAGCGGUAUCGCAGCAGUGGAUACAAAUUCAUUAGGAUGGCAAGCGAACAGUAUGAAAGGUCUUCCUCAUAAACUGCGUUUCAAGACGCCAUGUGGAAUUGAAGAUGCAGAUGCUGAGGUCCUUCUUCCAGUGGAGAAUACUACAGAGGGUUUAUGGAGGCCACAAACACACACAAUGCCAUCAGCUUGUUCAACAGCAUUUCAGAAUAAUGCUUCAAUUCACAGGCAUACAGAAAGUCACAGCGCUAUUAGAUUACAGAUUAGCACUUUGACUGAAGAAGUGGCCCAGCUCAAAAAACUGCUCUCCCAACAUCAGCUCUCCAAAGUGAACUGA